UCCACUGAAGACCUUCAAUCUGAGGUUUUUUGCCAUGGCUGCCAUGAGACUCUUGCUGCUCUUCUGUCUCGUCUUGGCGAGCGUCUCUUCUGUGAGAAAAAUCAAUAAUAUUGACGAACUGAAAAACAUCACGUAUGCCAAGUCUGCGCCACGUCAUGGGCUCCAGCUGCUGUUCUGGUUUGCCCAAAAAGUCCUGAAUGUCGACCAGAACAACAAUCUCAUCCUUGAUUCAAAUUUUGAUCCCACUAGAGACGACUUCGGAUUCCACAAGUAUGAAAAUAUCGAGCAUAUUCUCCCCUCGUUGGCUUCAUGGGAGAGUUACUAUUCAGUCGGCAAUUUAAAAUCUCCCGCAGCCAAUGCAUUACCAGCAUACGUCCGAAAGUACUACAGAAACACCAAUGUGCCUGAAAGAAACAUGGACCGACUCAUCGUCUCAGUGAAACAAAAUAAACCAAACAAGAUUCUCAAGGUGUUUAUUACGGCUCAUAACCUUCACAAGAGUGAUUUUAAUCCUUCUGACACUUAUGAGAUUGAUCCUGCACUGCUCUUGAAGAUCGGAGACCCUCAUAACUGCACUCUAGACGAGAACAAUAAGUAUGAUAUUUACUCAAUCCCACGUGAUACAGAAGACGUAGUCCAUAACAGAUGUCUUAAGUUUCUGAAAGACGCAGGAUACAGCACCAGUGACUGUAAAUACAGUCAGAUCAGUCACCGAAAGAAACGCUCACCGUAUUUACAAUGCAAUACAUAUGAAGGAAUCAAGCUAGACAUAAAAGCAACUGCUGAAGGUACCUCGAAACUCAUAUGGGAGAUUCCAACAAAUAUAUUGGAAAACUCAAAGUAUGUGCACAUUGAAAUUUGCCAGAACAUUUAUUCCACUGAAACAAACGAAUAUCAUACAUAUGUCCAAAAACGGGUGACUAUUUACGAGUCUUCUGGGGCUUUAGAUACUCCUGUACCCCUGAAUAAUGGUCUCCAACCUCGACUGCGACUGUACCCAUCCGUUUUUGAUUAUCAGUUUACCAACCCUUAUAUCUGGUAUGGCCCAGAGUUUAAUCAAGCUAACGGACUGUUGCCCACAGUUAUAAAGGGGUAUGACGCAAGUCUACAGCUCCACGUUAUAGACGGAAAAGCCUAUGCUCGACUCUACAUCAAGAAAACUUUCAGGAACUGGAUGUCUACAUUUACUAAAUCAUGGGUGGGCUUUUACAAGAGUUCACUAGAUAACAAUGAUGACUAUUUAAAAUACCAAUAUGCUGAUAGGUUUUCAAAGAUUGAAAACUACAUUGUACACAAAUAUGAUAUUUACCAGUACACUCCCAAUUUGCCCAUUGCUCCAGGACUUCAAAUCCGCUUCAUGCUGGACAAAAAAUACGACAAAGUUUUAGCACAAACUACACCCUGGGAGGGCGUUGAAACCCUGACAAUGUUGCCAUCAGAUUGUGCUGCAAUAAAUCCUGAUCUUCUGCCUGAACUGUUAUCAAUUGGUCGCGAGCUAUUCUAUGGUCCAAGUUUGGAUGAUGCUGGUCUGCAGCUCUUUAGCAAAGACAGUAAAGCUUGUGCUCGGCUUUUUAUCAAGAAGACCUUCGCAGACUGGAAAGAUGCCUUCUACUACUCAUGGGUUGGGUUUUACACAAGUUCAAAAGAUAAAAAGGAUGAGUAUCAAACAUAUCAGUAUGUCAAAAAGUUUGAAAAGAUGGAGGAAGAUGAUGAGAGUUAUGAUGUUUAUGAGUACAAAUCCAGCCUGGACAUUGUUCCAGGAGUGCAAAUCCGUUUCAUGUUGGACAAAAGUUCUGAAAAAGUAUUAGUGCAAACUAAACCCUGGAAAAGUGGUUAAAACGUGGUUUUAACAAAGCAUAAAAGCUCAAAGCUGGAGAAUGUUUCAAAUUUCACUUCAAUUUUUCUGAGAAUUUACAUAUAGAUUAAUAUCAGUUACAAUCUGUUAAGAAUGAUAGUUCAUACAUUGUUCAGAACAUGGUAAUCACAGAUCUCUGAAUUACCUAUUUGUCAUUAACAUUACAAUGGGGUAUAUGCCGAAGCAUGCUAAUAGGACUUUUAAUUUGCCUGUAACCUGGGUUAAGCGCUUCCGGCGAACUGCAUGCCAAUGCAAAAUACGGUGCGUUUAAGGUCUGUUUUCUUUAAAAAUCAGCAAUCUCCACUGGCUGAGUGACAUUCGAUAUAAAGUGGGUCUCAGGUUGUACAAGAAGCACAACAUUAAAUUACAUGUUACCCCGCCAUGUCUUUUUAAUAUGAGCGUUUAUUUUACCCCAGUAUAUUCAAUGGAGCUUCUGCGCUAGCCUGCCGAUUCUGACGGGCGCGUGCGAUUAAACGGCUUUUUGUCUUGUUUUACGCUUGAGCAACUUAAUGAAUGCCAAAGUUUAUUUAACUGAAUGUAUUUUAAUGCCAUUUCAACAUCGAUGCUGUAAAAGGAACUGUAUAAAAUGGAAAAAAAGUUCACAAUAACAGGUCACUGGAAGUUUAUCAGUAUGGGAAGAACACUAGCUCGGCAUAUACCCUAUUAUUUCAGAUAGAAAAGUUCAAUUUUGACUACCUACUAAUAUCAAUUUCAUUAUAAAAUAUACUCUGUUUGCUGUAUACUUCUUGUUGUAACCUCUAUUAAAAUGCAUCAGAUGAAA